AUGCAGUCCUUCACAGUGCGCUCUCCCGGUCAUUGUCUGCGACGGCAAUGCUGUGGCUUGAAAGUUUCCCGGCGAGCGUCUCCUCCAGUGCUUCAAGUGCGGCAUAACUCAUCGACGUCCUCCUCGCCGCCAAAGAAACGGACUUGGCUUCGCUUAACCGUGGUCUCGCUGGGAGCUGCCGGGCUGGGGGCGUAUUUCAGAACGCAUCAGGAUGCCCAGAACAGUCAACUGAAUCCGCUCUCAUUCGCACACUACAGAUUGGUCUCGCGAGACCCCGUUUCGUCGACCAACAGCAUAUUCACACUCGAGCCUUCGUCGCCGGCAAAUAACCAAGAAACAUACGAGCUGGCAUGGCAGACCGGGAUAUGGAGUGUCAUGUUCAAACAGCCGCAGCUUCAAAUUGGGCGAGAUUAUACGCCGCUUCCCCCGCUGGAUGAGGGCGUAGAAGAAGGCGGCCACGAGAUACCAGACUCGCUCCGUUUCUUGAUCCGUCGCGAUCCUCACGGCGAGGUCUCUCGCUAUCUGCAUAGUCUGCAAGUGGGUGCGAAUAUAGAAAUCAGAGGGCCGCAAGUCGAAUGCGAGAUUUCUCCCGAGGUGAAUAACGUCUUGUUCAUUGCGGGUGGGACGGGAAUCGCUCCGGCUCUACAGGCCAUUCACGUCUUGCUACGAAAGCCGGCGGGAGAAGAAAAACCCAAGAUUCACAUUCUGUGGGCAAACAGGAAGAGAGAAGAUUGCCUAGGAGGCAAAAGCGACACAUUGGCAGACAAGUCUGCAAAGUCGACGUGGUGGCCGUUUGGUAACCGGGACAAAGCUGGCCCGGCCACGGCGCCUGAGCCCACGUCUUCAUCUUCUACUGAGCAAGGCGCCAUUGUGCGUGAAUUGCAAAAGUUGAAAGCGCAGUACCCAGGCCAGAUUACGGUGGACUAUUUUGUGGACGAAGAAAGUUCAUUCAUCAGUCCGAAAGAAAUAACAACAUUUACAGAAUCCGCACAGCCGUCAACAGCCGAGAAGAGAAUGAUUAUCGUCUCUGGCCCAGAAGGAUUUAUUAACUACAUGGCAGGCAACAAGGUCUGGGCACAUGGAUACCAACUGCAAGGAACUGUUGGCGGUGUCAUUCAGCAGUUGGGCCUGAAAGAUUGGACGAUCUGGAAAUUAUAA